CUACCGCGCGCGCCAGGAUGUGACAGCCGGGGACCUCGACAGGCAGAUGGUUGCAAGAGUGUCACUUACCUGGGAAAGAGUUGACACCAAGAUGCACUCUGAGAAGAAGCGUGCCAUAGAGUUGAUGAAAUCCAUGAUGCUAAAAACAGGACCUCUGUAUUUCUACGACCAGUUGAGAACCAGCACAGUAAAAAGAACUAAGAAGGUGCCAGAAGAAUUACCCUCAGAUAUGAAGUACAUGAAUAUUAAUCCACGUCUUGCAAGCUUUAUUAACAGUCUGAAUAAAAGUAAAAAAGGGGUUUCUGCCCAAGCUGAAAAGAAACAAGUGACCUCACCUAAGGAAGACAAGCUGCAUAAAGAGAAGUAUGGAGUGCUCCCAGAGAUCGGCACAUCUAGCUUUGUGAAGGGUGGUGGUGACAUCCACAACCGGAAGCUCAGUCAGGGCAUCAAUGAUGAAGAUCAAUUGAUGAACCCAUUUGAAGACUAUAAAUAUGUUGCUCCAACCUUGCUUUAUGAACUUGGAAAGCUAUUGCAUUUCUUCUCACAAUAUGAGAUUGUUUUUCCUCAAGGUUUGGUGAAUGUGCUAAACUACAGUUGGCAGGAGCUUAUUGAAGGAGCAAUAUACCCCAAAAAGCAGUGUCAAUCGCAGACUUCUAAGAAGACCACAGACACAAGUGCACAAAUGGCUGCAGAAGAGAAUGACUACAAAGUACCUGCCAAUCCAGAGAAUGUAGACAAUGCCAAGAAUAAUAAAAAUAAAGCCAAUACUACCCUAAUGGAGGGCAGCAAGGAAAAAGCAGUUCAAGACCAUAGCCAGGCUAAGCCCAAGGGAAGCAAAUCCCCUCCAAACAUUGCUGCCCAUUUAUCAGUAACCAUCAGUUUCUCAAUGUCAUCUAGAGUAUGUGAAGACAAAGGAUGGAUUUCACAAACAAAUGAAUCCAAAUCUGAGGAUAUGGAGUGGAAAGGGUUGAUUUCCUGGGCUUUGGAGAGACUGCAAAUUGCACAGAUCCAAAUAAACAAAGAGUUAUCUUUGUUAAAUGAAAAAGGAUUCUGCAAACCUGUUAUCCUCCGAUACUAUGAAACUACAAAAAAAGAUUUAAUAAUAAAGAAAAGGAAACACAUUAAGCCUUCACUACCUGUGCUGACAAAUGGAAAACCCCAUAUUCCAGACAUCAUACGGGAAAAUUCUUCUCUGCGCAAACUCCACUAUUCGCUCAUUGAUGGUUCUACAUUGGUUUAUUAUCCUUCUGGACAUCUGGCUGUGUGUCAUAGCCACUCUGGUCUGGCAUGUGGAGGUUUUUAUACUAAUAUAUUUUCCCCUGAGCAGAGCAUGCUGGGCACAUUCACCCCAUUUGGACAUGGCAGCCUUCAUUCUCCUGAAAGUAAUGUUUUCCUACUGCAAUACAACCAAGUUGGAGGAUUGUUGACAAGUAAAGAAGGAGAAACAAUGAAAGAAUGGGACUGGCCAAAAAAGGGCAAACUAUCGGAUCCCUUUACAGUGCAGGUCAAUGAAUAUGUCUCUGUUAAGAUUGCUGGCCAGUAUGCUAUUUGCCUAAUCUUUAGGUGGCAGCAUGAGACCGUACGUUUAUCUCUGUCACCAAUUCUGGAUGUCCCUCCUCCACAAAUGGAAGAUUUGGGCCAGCUCAUGACAAGUGAGAAUUUCUCCUCAAGAAAUGCAAGAGAAAUGACCAAAGCAAACAAAAAGAAAGCAAAAGACAAGGAUGCAAAGAGGAGCCCAAAGAAAACUACAAUUUUAGCAGAGAUAGCAAAGACCCUUGUAAUUCCUGAGGAUCAUAUUAGUCCUUCAAAUGACUUCAAUGCAGCUGUUGAGCUCAGGAAGCUUCAUCGAAAAAUCAGAAAUAUUGUAGAUGACUGGAUGGAGCAUUACCGCUUGGCUUCAGGAAUUGAUUCUCCACAUAUACAGAAGAUGUCUGAUGCUCCACCAAAAAUGUCAAGAAAAAGGAAAGUCCAAUCUGCUGCUGCAUUCCCAGUUACAUCACCUGCUUCAAAGUCGCACCCUGUCACAGAAACAGAUGUAGAGAGUGCACUUCAGAAGGAAAGGUUCCUUCUACAUGGGCGCUUUCUAUCAGCCCCUGCUCAUCAUCAUAAUAUGAAAUGGAAUACAUCCCUGAGCUCUGCUUCACCCAGGCCUUCAUCUUUUUCCAGCAUGAAGCGGGAACAAAUUGCUGCUGAUUCGAUUUUAAGUAAAAGUGGAAAUGAAAUAAGUGUUAAUAAAUCAGGGACCUUCAGCCUUUUAGGGCCCCUACUUUCUUUAGAACAAGAUGAAGAGAAGCUUUGGCACCCAUCACAUUAUGCCUGCCCAGUGGUCUUACAAAAAGUGCUGCUGGGUGAAGAACGCAGUCUCUGCAGGUGUAGUAGUCACCAGAUUCCCCAUGUGACAGACUUGGAGUUUGACCAGCUAAUAAACAAGACCUCAUCCUUGGAGCAGGUUAUUGUUGUGUGUAUUGUGUCAUCUUUGGGCUCUGAGAAAACUGACACUAAGGACGUGCUUGACCAACUAUAUGAAAAGAAGAACCGAUAUAGAAGUAUGCCAUGUAUCCAGAGCCGAGUGGACUCCUUCCGUAUAUUCAAGUACGACAUCAACACAUGUAAUAUCCUGACAGGUCAUAAACAACCUUUACUGGUUCAGAGGCACAAUGUAGCUCCGGGAAUGAUCCUGAUGUAUAUUUGUGGCAAGCUGGUAUUUGCAAACUACAUUUUUAAUGGAUACAGCAGAUCAAUAAAAGACCUUCAGAAACAGAUAACAAAAACUAGGAGCGACUACCAAACAGGAUGCCAUCUGCCCAAGGAUUUCAAAUUCAGCUAUGAAGGACACAUGGCUUAUACAUCCUUCGAUAUAACUCGAACAAGCACAACUAUUGAGAAAGUCUACCCCAAGGUUGCUCCAUUAAAUCAGCAGAUAUGGUAGAGAAGGAGGCGACAACCUCACGCAAGCACCAGUAUAAGUGGACAACAGCAUCAGAGCAGAAUCCUAAAAUAUCACAGACUACAGUCUGACACUAUAUGAUGAGUGUUUAUAAAAUGGACAAAUAUCUACAUUACCUGGGAUUUAAUGUACACAAUGUCAUUAAACUUAUACUGGCAUCACUGAUAACAAGCUCAAUGCUGUUAUUACCACCUGGUUAGAGCACAUGGGGUAGGACUAUUAUUACCAUACCGGCAGAGAUCAAGUAUUUAAAACAGGAUCACAGUAUAGAUAGUUUACAAAGUAAAUACUAUAAAAUACAUUUAUCACUGCAUCUAACUUUUUUGUUGUACUACCCUUACACCUUGUUAUCAACCAACACUAAAGGUAAUAGCUGUAUGCACUCUAUGGGGAGAUUUAUUGGUGUUGUUUUUUUUUUGUAUUGUUUUGGCUGAAAAGUUUUUCUUUUUUGCUACUUAUUGGGCCUCAUU